AUUUGCGUUGAACCACGAUGAGCGAGGCAACAGCCACGGACCGCGCCACGGACAAGUUGUACGUGCAGGCCAACACGAUUCAAUGCGCCAUCAAUCUUUGCAGACCAUGCUGCUACAAGCUGUUCAUCUACGGCGGCAAGGACGUCAUGCCGAAUGUGCGACCAGAACAAUGCCCGCGCUUCAACGACCCGUACGCCGCCCGAGAGGACGACGGCGACAACGCAGAAGAAGCAGAACUCGAGAUUGUCCCUCGAAAUGUCCUCCUUCAGCCCUCCCACAAGGUGCUGACGUUGGGCGACGGCAACUUCUCCUUCUCCCGCGCACUGCUCGGGUACCUUGGCGAGGCGUCCCAACUUACGGCCACCUCCCACGAAGCUAAAGACACCGUCGUGGAAACCUACCCCGACAGCUCUGCCAUUCUCGACACAUUGACCACCGCCGGUGCGUCUGUUUUGCACGAAGUCGACGCCACAAGCGCCAAGUCGCUCAAGGCGGCGGCCGGCGCGACCAAGUUUGACCGCGUGAUUUGGAACUUUCCGUGUGUGCGCAUGCCCGACGGCGCCGACGGCCAAAACAAUGAAAUGGACGACAACAAGCAGCUCCUUCAAGGGUUCUUCACCGCCGUAGUGGGCGUGCUGGCCCCCCACGGCGAAGUCCACGUCACGCACAAGACCAAGCCGCCGUUCGGACAAUGGGGCGUGGUGGCCCUCGCCGAAGCCAACGGGCUGCGGCACACUGGGUCGGUUGUGUUUGAUCGGUGCUUGUACCCGGGGUACUCGAACAAAAAGGUGCUGUCCAAGGGCAGCUUUCCCAUUUGGGACAGCGAAACGUUUGUGUUUGUGCGAGCGACAGACAAGGAAGGCAGUAGUGCCGGCACGAUCCCCGCCGCCAGCACCGAGACGGACGGCGUCCAGCUGUUUGUGGGCUGGGACGCGGCCAAGUGGCGCCACGCGGACGCGUUGUACCCCGUGCGUCCGGCGCUCCUGCGCGACCUUCGCGUGCUCUUGGGCCCGGCCAACCAGAAGCAAGUGGAAGCCAAGGAACGUGCGCGGAAGCGGCGGAAGCAUGUGACACUCCCCGCGGAUCUGCUCGAGAAGACCAAGGGCAAGAAGCGCAAACGUGAUGCCAAGGCGGCGGACAAGAAGAAGGGGGGCGACAAGAAGGGCAAGAAGAUCGUCAUGCAGCCCACGAAACGCAACAAGAAGGCCAAACGUCACAGUUAAACACUACUACUACUACUAGUAGUGUAUAUACAGUUUAUAGAAUUACAACUUGGUCGUUCGACGGCGCAUGAGGGAACGCGGGGGGUGCGACAGCCACGGGCGGACGCCUUUCCACGCCCGAAACGCCACUUG